GCAUCGCUUUCUUCGUACGCCGCCUCGCCUGCAUGAACUUGUAGUCCAUCACGGGGGAUAUCGGUAAUCUUCCGGCAUCUGUGUCUACAGCCUUGUCUUCAGGAUGGAUUCUCGCUCGUUUGCCGCUCGCCAUUCGAUCAAGUUCCGAUUCGAUCUGGUUCAAGAGGGCCGUUUUGCUCAAUUCGGAUUUGUCAUAGGAAAGCCAUCGUGUUUGGCAAUCGAUCGGCAACCCAGAAGUUCGAAUAUGGCCAGUGCAGGCCUUUGUGUAUCUCUUCAUGGCGCUCGUGGUGUUAUAACCAACUCAUCGUCGACCUGUGAUGCUUGUUUGUCGCAAGGCGUUUGGGGAUGAACAGCCAAAUUUCUCCCACGGUCGGAUCGUUAUCGAUAAGAGCCACAGCUUCGUCAAGCUUCCCCCCACCACUUCCGCCCGGCCCCGGUCCGUAAACUUACAUCACCGUUCACAUACAUUCGCGAUCAUGUUUCUACGGCCGAGAACAUUGCGCGUGCUGCGCGGCGUGUCGCAACAACAUGUGAGAGCUUUUGGCUUCUCCAGUUCUUCUGGAAACUCGCCAAUGUCACCAAUGGGCAACAUUCCCAUGCCCUACAUCGAGGAGUCGUCGGCUGCCGGAAGAAAAACAUGGGAUAUCUUUUCCAAGCUCCUACAGGAACGUAUCGUCGUCCUAAAUGGUGAAGUUAACGACUACAUGUCUGCUUCGAUCGUGUCACAGCUGCUUUGGCUCGAGUCCGAUACCCCCGAUAAGCCGAUCACGAUGUACAUCAACUCUCCUGGUGGUUCGGUCACCUCAGGAAUGGCAAUCUACGAUACCAUGACCUACAUCAAGUCACCAGUAUCAACAGUGUGUGUCGGCGGUGCCGCGUCAAUGGCUGCAAUCCUCCUUGCUGGGGGUGAAGCAGGCAAGCGAUUCUCUCUCCCCCAUAGCUCGAUCAUGAUCCAUCAACCACUCGGCGGCACUCGAGGACAGGCAUCUGACAUUAUGAUUUACGCAAACCAGAUCCAGAAGACACGGGAGCAGUCGAAUAGAAUCAUGCAGUAUCACCUCAACAAGGCAAAGGGCCAUGAGAAGUAUUCUCUUGAGGAGAUUAAUGAUCUAAUGGAACGGGAUAAAUACUUGUCUCCUGAGGAAGCUUUGGAACUCGGAGUCAUUGAUGAGAUUUUGACGAAGAGACCUGAGUCUGAGCAAGAGAAGAAAGAGAAAGAGGAGAAGCAGGGCUGGGCCGAUACACCCCAGACGAGUUAAGACUUGAACCUUUGGGUUGAAGAUGUAUAUUAUUGCCAAUAAGCGUCUAUGAAAUACAUUGUCGAGUUUGCUUUGAACCGGACAUUCGUGGUAAUCAGCCC